CGGGAUUGGAGGCAAUUUAUUGAUGUGGAUAAAAGACUUCUUAGUUGGGCGGCAACAAAGAGUAAGGGUGAACUCAAAGUUAUCUAGCUGGGAAACUGUGCUUAGUGGAGUGCCCCAGGGUACAGUUUUGGGGCCAGUGCUAUUCCUCUUGUAUGUAAAUGACCUUCCUUGUCUCCUAUCAUCAUCGGUCUUGCUAUAUGCUGACGAUGUCAAGAUAUGGAAAACGAUACGAUGUAAGAGUGAUAGCUUAGAACUUCAAAAUGACCUGAAGAGAUUAUCUGAAUGGUCUGAAGCCUGGCAGUUGCCGAUAAAUACUUCCAAGUGUGUUGUGAUGCAUAUCGGUCAUCAAGGUACAGAUGCAUACACGAUGAAUAACACUGAGCUACCUGUCGUCCAGACAUAUAAUGACUUAGGAGUUAUCGUUAGUCAAGACUUAAAGACUACUGCACACUGCCGUGCAAUAGCCGCCAAAAGUUUUAGAACGUUAUGGUCAAUACGUAGAGCUUUUAGUCAUGUCGACGCUAAGACGUUUUUGACCUUAUAUACAGUGUUCGUACGUCCUAAACUUGAGUACUGCAUACAAGCGGCUAGCCCCUGCUUAAAAAAGACAGUGAGCUUCUGGGAAAGGUUCAGAGAACGGCGACUAAGCUGGUUCCCGGAAUAGCGAAGCUUCCGUAUGAAUCUCGACUGGCCAAGCUUAACCUUUUCCCGUUGUCAUAUCGCAGAACUAGAGGCGACUUGAUUACAGUCUACAAAUUGCUUAGUGAUAAAUUUGCACCUAACAUGCCCUCAUUUUUCUUGUCUUCCAAAACAGAGAAUUUACGAGGACACUCCAAAAAAGUUCACAAGCCGAGAACAAAUUACUUGUCAGCUGACUAUCGACUUUCCCAUCGAAUCAUCAACGAGUGGAAUUCACUACCUCAGCACGUGGUUGAGGCUCCAUCCGUCGACUCUUUCAAAAGAAAGUUGGAUCAACUGAGAGACCACCAUUGCCAGGACUAACAUAGGCCAUCGAGCCUCCUGUCCUUCCCAAACUGAAACUGAAACAGAGGAUUCGGUCUAUGCACAUAUACCUUAUUCUAGCUUUUGGACAGGCCAAUCGAUCCAUUCUACAGCAUUUAAAAAAUGACCGACCUUACCAAUUUAAAGUCAGUAACCGAAUAUGGUUGUACCAAAAGCGCAGACAAACUUCAUCAGUAUAUAUGCGAUCAUUCACUGCGUCUGUCUGAAGCACAAAAGUGGUUAUUACAAGAGACCAGUAAACAUCCACUGUCAAGAAUGCUUAUUUCCAGUAUAGAAAUGCAACUUCUAUCGAAUUUGUGUUAUGCGAUAAAUGCUAGAAAGACACUUGCUAUUGGAACUUAUACUGGAUAUAGUGCAUUGUCUAUCGCGGAAGUAUUGCCGUCAGAUGGACGUGUAGUUGCCUUGGAUAAAACGGAUGAAUAUUUGAAAGACUAUUGUUUGCCAGCAUGGAAGAAGGCAGGUGUAGAAUCGAAAAUUGACUUCCGACACGGUUCAGAUGUUCAAAUACUACAAAGUUUGAUUGAUAAUGGAGAGAGUGAAACAUUCGAUUUUGCCCUGAUCGAUGGUGAAAAAGAAAACUAUAGUAAAUAUUACGAAUUAUGUUUAAAACUAGUUCGACCUCGUGGAAUAAUCGCCAUUGAUAAUGUUCUAUGGAGGCAGCGUGUGCUCGAUGCGGAUAAUAACAGCUCUGAAACUGUCGGUAUAAGAGAAAUGAAUGCAUUGAUAGCUAGAGAUAACUCCGUUCGAAUUUCUCUCUUAAGAACUGGAGAUGGAUCGACAAUUGUUGUGAAGAAUUGAUUCAUGUUAUGACUGUUUUCAGAAUGGUUACAUCCAUACAGACAUAAAUACAUUUGAUUGAUAAACCGAAUUGCUUUGAUUGCUAUCACACAUAAAUAAAUAUUUCCCAUUACUA